CAAGAAUAUAGAGAUCUCCUCUCCUUUUUCCUAUCCCUCUUGUCUUUCUCUCUUUCUCUCUUUAUGGCUCGUCUAUUUUUUGUGAGGCGAUGGGGAAAAGAAAAGUCGGUCUGUUGACGUGGCGGAGGGAAACGCAGCACCCCUUGAUAACAACAGACAGACCGACCUAAUUUCGCUGGCAACGCAAGGCACGCAGGGCUCGGGGAAUAAAUCCAAGAGCAAAAGCUGCAGAUCAUAAAAUGGAGAAAAGAAAACAACCGACACAAAACAAAAAGGGAGAGCGAGACACGAUGGAGAGAGAAAAAAGAAACCCUGCAGACUCCGACAAGCGCCCGAUGAGGGGAGGGAAGGUGACGAUCUGGUCCCUCACAGCCAGCCACCGCCCUGGACCAACGACCUCCUCCUCUUCUUCCUCUCACUUGCUCUCAGUCGCUCCCAGUCGUUCCCAGUCUCUUUCCCGUCCCCACGCCAGGCCCAAGUGCCGCCCAGUUGCCCCUCGCCCUGUGUCGGUUGCUGUGACAACGCCGGCCUCCAGACGCCCCCUCCCCCCGGCCCUGUUUGGGACUCGAGCUCGAGACGUCAUAAGGCUGAUUUGCUGGAAAAAUGCAGCGAGCUCGUGAAGCUUAUCGGAGACCAGGUGCUCCGUCCAGGUCUGAUUGGAGUGCCAGGUUAUUCCGAUGGAUCUUGAGAGAGAGAGAGAGGCUGAGUAGUAGGUCCUCUUUACCAAGGAAAUCCCCCCCCCCCACCCCGAGG